AUGUAUUUCUCUCGUACAUUUAUCGGCCUCCUGGCUGCCAGCCUAGUCAGUGCCCAGCUUCCAGAUGUCCCAGCCUGCUCGGUCAAUUGCUUCGUCUCGGCUCUCAACAGUGACGGGUGCUCCUCCCUGACCGACUUUGCCUGCCAUUGCCAGAAGCCCGAGCUCAUCUCAAAGAUCCAGCCCUGCGUACAGCAGGAGUGCAACAUCGCCGACAAGAACAUCGUCUCGAACGUCGUCGUCUUCGAAUGCUCCGUAGCCGGCCACCCCAUCCACCUCACCCCCAUCGAGGAGAAAACCACCCACUCAACCACCCACUCAACCACCACCGAGACCGCAACCCACACAGCCACGACAACGGCCACCGAGUCCGCCCUUACUGCCUCCUUCAACAGCGCCGCGGCUUCUUCCUCGGCAGCCUCCUCGGCAGCCUCCUCGGCAGCCUCCUCGUCUUCUGCCUCUAAGUCCGCCGCCAGCGCAUCCCGCGCCUCAACGACUACAUCGACCUCGCUUACCGUCGCAACCACCGCGACCACCGCGACCACCGCGACGGAGAGCCCCAGUGCUACUUCCACCACGACGCUGUCUAAUGACGCUGGCGCCAGCAAGGGUAACAUGGUGGGUGUGGCGGUCAUGGCUGCGGCUGCUCUCUACAUGCUGUGA